AUGGCUUCCAACCAAGCUGUCGCGCCCGACGCCGCUCCCGCCGGCCAGGCCACCGAGCCGGGACGCAACGUGCCCAAGGAGGGCGAAUACGUCCAGUGGCGUACUCUUCCUGCUGGCAACCCCGACCAGUUGAACCGUUGGUCGCACUUUCUCACUCGUGAGCAUGAGUUCCCUGGAGCUCAGGCCAUGCUUUACGGCGCCGGUGUCCCCAAUAAGGACAUGAUGAAGAAGGCGCCUCAUGUCGGCAUUGCUACUGUCUGGUGGGAGGGCAACCCCUGCAACACCCAUCUGUUGGAUCUUGGCCAGAAGGUCAAGAAGGCGGUUGAGCGCGAGAAGAUGCUCGCGUGGCAGUUCAAUACCAUCGGUGUUUCCGAUGGUAUCACCAUGGGCGGCGAGGGCAUGCGCUACUCCCUCCAGAGUCGCGAAAUCAUCGCCGACUCCAUCGAGACCGUGACUUGCGCUCAGCAUCAUGAUGCCAACAUCUCCAUCCCUGGUUGCGACAAGAAUAUGCCCGGCGUCAUCAUGGCUGCAGCUCGUCACAACCGCCCGUUCGUCAUGAUCUAUGGCGGCACCAUGCGCGGUGGCCAUUCGGAGCUUCUCGACAAGCCCAUCAACAUCGUCACCUGCUACGAGGCAUCGGGUGCUUACACCUACGGUCGUCUCAAGCCGGCCUGCCCCAACUCGAAGGCCACCCCCUCCGAUGUCAUGGACGACAUCGAGCAGCAUGCUUGCCCUGGCGCCGGCGCCUGCGGCGGUAUGUAUACCGCCAACACCAUGGCCACUGCUAUUGAGGCCAUGGGUCUUACAGCUCCAGGCUCUUCUUCUUUCCCGGCCUCCAGUCCUGAGAAGUUCAGGGAGUGCGAGAAGGCUGCGGAGUACAUCCGCAUCUGCAUGGAGAAGGACAUCCGUCCUCGCGAUCUUCUCACCAAGGAGUCUUUCGAGAACGCUCUCGUCCUGACCAUGAUCUUGGGCGGCUCCACCAACGGCGUCCUUCAUUACCUCGCCAUGGCUAACUCGGCCGACGUCGACCUUACACUCGACGACAUCAACCGCGUGUCUGCCAAGACCCCUUUCUUGGCCGAUAUGGCUCCUUCCGGUCGUUACUACAUGGAGGACUUGUACAAGGUCGGUGGCACCCCUGCCGUCCUUAAGAUGCUGAUUGCCGCUGGCUACAUCAACGGCUCCAUUCCCACCAUCACCGGAAAGACCCUCGCCGAAAACGUGGCCGAUUGGCCUUCUCUGGACCCCGACCAGAAGAUCAUUCGCCCGAUUAGCGACCCCAUCAAGCCUCAGGGCCACAUUCGUGUUCUCUACGGCAACUUCUCCCCCGGUGGCGCCGUUGCCAAGAUCACUGGCAAGGAGGGUCUGUCGUUCACCGGCAAGGCUCGUUGCUUCAACAAGGAAUUCGAGCUCGACAAGGCGCUCAAGAACUCCGAGAUUACCCUCGAGCAGGGUAACCAGGUCAUCAUCGUCCGCUACGAGGGACCCAAGGGCGGCCCGGGCAUGCCGGAGCAGCUCAAGGCCUCAGCGGCGAUCAUGGGCGCCGGCCUUACUAACGUCGCGCUUGUCACCGACGGCCGUUACUCUGGUGCUUCGCACGGUUUUAUCGUCGGCCACGUCGUCCCCGAGGCGGCUACCGGCGGCCCCAUCGCCCUUGUCAAGGAUGGCGAUCUUAUUACUAUCGAUGCUGUUAGAAACAGGAUCGACGUUAUCAAGACCGUUGAGGGUAUCGAGGGUGAGGAGGAGAUCCAGAAGGUCCUCGAUGAGCGCAAGAAGGUCUGGAAGGCACCUGUCAUGAAGCCUACCCGUGGUGCGCUUGCCAAGUAUGCGCGCUUGGUUGGUGAUGCUUCCCAUGGAGCCGUUACCGAUCUUGGUGACUCUGCUUACUAA